AAAAAUCCUCUGAAAAAAAUCCACUCCCCCGUGACUUCCCGCCUCCUUCCCUCCCACCUCGCCGGCGGCGUCGCGUCGCGUCCGCUACUAUCCGAUGACGCCGUCCUGCAGCUCUGGCCCCGCAGGGCCCGCCGGGGGGCGGCGGGCGGCGACCUUCGCCGGCGCGAGUGUGUUCCUGUCGCGGAACCUGGUGGCCCCCGAGGUGUUCGACGCCGUGCACGACGCGCUGCGCCUCAACGGCGCCGAGGUCCUCCUCUGCGCCGACCCGAGCCGCACGGGGCCCCUCGACUUCCACGUCAUCUCAUCCUCCUCCCACGAAAGGUUCGCCGAUUUGAGGAUCAAAGGCUGCAAUUUGCUAGGACCACAGUGCAUUCUUUCCUGUGCUAAAGAACGUCGUUUUCUACCUAAACAGAGUUAUACUUGUUGCCUUGCAAUGGAUGGGGUUAAGAUACUGUGUUCAGGCUUUGAAAAAGCUGAGAAGGCUAAGAUUGAAGAAUUAGUGACAGCCAUGGGAGGCAUUUUACAAAGUAAAUCCUCCAUGGAUGUGAACUUUGUAAUUGUAAAGGAUGUCAUGGCUGCUAAAUACAAAUAUGCUGUGAAUAGUUUGAAGAAGCCUGUUGUCACCAUCAACUGGUUAGAACAAUGCUGGAUUGAACACCGUGUUGUGCCUCAUGAGCCCUACAGGAUACUUCCCUUUGUUGGGUUGAAUAUCUGUGUCACCAAACUGAAUCCAGUUGAACGGAAGGAAUUGGAGAAAAUAAUAGUGCAGAAUGGUGGCCAAUUUUCAGCCUGUCUUACGCGGAAGUGCACCCAUUUAGUUGCAAAUGAACCUGGAGGUGACAAAUAUGUCGUGGCCCGAAGGUGGGGUAAUAUAUACAUUGUGAAUCAGAGAUGGGUUGAACAAUCUGUUGCUCGUAGAGCUUGCCUAGAUGAAAAUAGCUACCUUGUUUGUCAGACUUCGUCUGCUUCUAGUGGUUUAAAAACUUCACCCGAGGAACAACAGAACCCAGAGAUCAGUAGUGCAAGUGCAAGUUUUCAACCUGUUCCAGCAACAUCAGUUGAUGAUUCAGUAUCAACGUCACAAUAUGUGCCUGCUUCAUUUGGUGAUUCUUCAAAGAUCAGCAACACUGAUAUUGUUGGUGAAGAGGCAAAUGAGAUGCAGGUCGAAAGUCAUGUUGCUGAGGACUCAGAGGCGGAAAAUGAUGAUUUAUAUUUAUCAAAUUGCAGAAUUUCUCUGGUGGGCUUUGAGGAGAAUGAGUUGUUAAGGCUACUCAUGAUGAUACGCAAUGGUGGUGGAUCCCGGCAUAUUUUGUUAAAUGAGAAGCUUACACAUAUUAUACUUGGUGCGCCAUCGGAGGAUGAGAAAAAGGAAGUAAGACGUCUGGCUGCUUGGGGUGUAAUAAAUGUAGUGAAAGUAACGUGGUUAGAAGACUGCAAUAGAGCAAAAAAGGAAGUAAAAGUGUCUCCAUCUCAUGUGGCUACUGAGCUACUCUUGAAAGAGUUUUCACGUGUGAUUAUGGAAAAAUCUGCUGACACACGUGAAAUGAAGGUAGCCAAGAGCUCUUGUGGGAUUUUUCAUGUCCCAACUGUUAAUGACUCACAUGGCAAACAACUUGAAAAAGAUAUGUCAUCUGAAAGAAAACCAGCUAGAGGCAAAUAUGAAAACAGCAUGAACAAAACCCGAUCAGCAACCAGGUCUGCAAAUUCAAGCCAACAAAAUGCAGUGGUCAAUAUUAGCAAGAACGAUCCCAAAUCUCAAGGAGCAUCCACAGUGAAUUCAGGAAGUAGCAGAUCAAAUGUUUUCAAAGGGAUAACAUUUGGCUUCUCAAAUUCAUUUUCUCACGACAAGAGACCUGAGGUUAUUGAUUGGAUCAGAGAAGGCGGAGGCAUUGUGGUGGAUGAUAUACAAUCUACAACUGUGAAAUACACAAUUGAGUGCCAUGGACGAAACAGCAUGCCUUGUGACUUCUCUCAUUCAACAGUUGUUUCAACUCAUUGGAUACGCUCGUGUUUGGAGGUGGGUUGCUUGCAAGAAGUUGGAAGCCAUCCUAUUUUCUCUCCUUUGCGCUGUCGGAUCCCAUUCCCAGGAUUUGAAAAGUUCCGUUUCUGUAUCUCACUUUCACAAUAUGGAGAGAGAGAAAGUUUUCUGCUGAAGAACUUGUGCUUCGCUUUAGGCGCUAAAUUUACAGAAAAGGCAUUCAAGGGAGUGACCCAUCUUAUCUGCAAAUUUGCAAGUGGUGACAAGUAUAAGGUUUACUCUAAAAGAGGAACACCAACCAUUACUGAAGAGUGGCUCUUUGAGUGUGUAAAACAGGAUACAAUUGUCCCUUUUGAUCACUUUCAACCGAAACCACUUACUUCUCAGGACAAAGAUUUAACUGUCAGUCAGUAUUCCACGCAGGCAAGCAGAUUUAACUGCUCUGAGCUGCUUAGUGGAUAUCAAGUAACAACAAGCAAUCCAGCACACAACUCGGCAGGUGAUGCCUCGGCUAAUGAAGAGGCAAUUGCUCCUGCUGUCAGUAAAAGAAGACUGCUAUCUGUUUCUGGCAACGCUAAUGAUACAUGCGGAAACAUCGGAAGGACUGAGAAACACCUUGAAAGUGGCUCUGUUCCUGAUGUUGCGGAUGCGAUAGAGGUCCUAUCGUCCAAGAUUCAAGAUGUGCAAUCUGCUAGGAGUAUAUUUGAACCUGACAAUUCUGCUGUUGUUCAAGACCAGAAAGAUACACACUCCUUUGGCAUUUCAAGGAGCUGGUUGAAUAUGCAACAGAAGCAAGAGAACACACCUGGCACAAAGGUCCAAAGCUUAAGCUCCUCCCCUGCACCCUCCCCAGCACCCUCUACCUACUACCCUUUCAGUGAGACGCAGACAGAAUCUCAGGUCGUUGGAUAUGAGGAAGAUCUGACCGGCAGGCAAAAGAUCAUUGAUAGAGUUCGCUCUCAGAGCAUUAACGUAACUCCAUCGACCGAGAUUCCUUGAGGUAGUCAGGAGACGAGCAUACCCACAUCUCGCUUGUAAGGCAGCCAGAUAUGCCCCACUCAACUUGUGAGGGGGAGAUAUUGUUCGGCCUUGAUGCCUUGUUGGGCAUCAGCAUGAACAGCAUGGAUGGAGUUGCGAGCAUGGAGGCCUAUUUAUUCUCAACCAGAGGAUCUACGCGUGGCGUAAGUGUUUAAAGAUUCUCAUGGCAUGACAUCCAGCAAAGUGCGCUUGUACCUUGUACCGUGAUUUGGUACGAGUAAGUCCCCCUUGUUUCGCAGGUAGGUUGGAUAACACGCGAGACAUGAACUCUGAAAUCAAAUCUUUGCUGUGCGGUGUGAUCCUGUAUAUUGCAAUCGAGGAAUGUAGCAAGGAUCGACGAAACAAUCUCUCGAUCUAGAUGCACCAGUGGUUUGUUGUAUCCGGUGAGCUUGUGAGAAAGCCCUACACAAACGUAGCGUGUAAUUUUAGAUCCUUGUAUCCUUUUUAUAGGCAACGCUGCCACUUGUUCUAGGUAGGACAGUAGGUGCUGUGAUUGACUCUUUACUUUGAACCCUUGAUUUCUAAACUUAUCGUGCGGAUUGGUUCGUAUAUUUAUACUUUUUAGGUCUGAAGUGAGAAUCUAAUUAUCUUUGGCUAAUUAAUUUAUUGAUGUA